AUGUAUGUGAGCCGCGCUCGGGAGACCCCUUCAGUGGUCUCCACAAGGGUCUUGAAGACACAUCGCAUGAACUCAGUGGAAAUCUUUCGACUACAGGAGCGAGUGAAAACAAUCGACUACGAGAGUCAACAUAACUAUUCGCAAAUAUCGGACGAAAUCGAUGGCGUUCGCCAAAACUUGGUUAAAAUCAAAGGUGUCAAGAAAAAUGUAGGUGUAAGCGUGGAAAGGAGGAAGUUUCUGCGGGAUAAAGGACUCAGGAUUUUGCCUUCCAAGGUUAAGGGUGACGCAGAAUAUUUUACGGUGCGUUCAUCAUGCGGAAAGGACAUCAAUAUACCUUGUUCGGAUUUUUAUGACGGAGACGCUCUUAGGAAACAGCUUAGCAUUGAUAAGUUGAAAUCUUUACCAUCACCAAAUCUUGACACAGAAAAUUCGGACAAUGAGAAGCUAACCGAUCGCUCCUCCGCUGGAACUUGGGGACGGUCUCAAAGCUUGUGGAAAGAUUUUCGUUACAGAAACAUAACGCCUCCUUUAAGGUCAGGCUCUAGGAGAAACUUCAGGGAUGUGGAAGAAGAAAAUUGUAAAGAUAAAGAGAAACUGCUUAGCCUUGACGAAAUCGGUAAUAAAGAGAGAAAGUAUGGAAUUUUAAGACCCCAAACUGCGCACCUGAAGAGAGACAAAGACAUGGUUCUACUGCCAAGGAGUCGCACAUGCCCUGGUAAUAUUCAAGAGAACAAAGGAAGUACUCCGCGUAGAAAAAUAUCGCGUAAAAGUUCUUCGGCAACCGGAAAUGUUAAGAAGAAGUCCCAGGGCAGUGAUUCUGUGACAAGCGAAAAGAAGACUGAUGAAAAAUCAGCGGAGCUACAAUUGGAGAGUGGACUAGGAACAGAACCGAACUUUUUAUCAGGAGAAAGCAGUGAUAAGAUUGUGUUGGAAGAGACAAUUUCUCUUGAUCUGAAGCCUUCGUUAAGGCCAAAAAUACGUCCCAGGUCCAUGAAUGUUGCUUCUUUGACGGGAAAAAAAGGAAUUUCUGGUACAGUUGCUGACCUGAUACGAAUGAGUUUGGAAAGUAGUGCAAGUACUGAUCACCUUCCACCUACUCCAUCCAAUGGAAAUAGGUUUCAAUCCAAGUCGCCAGAAACAAGCCCUCGAGUUCCGAAGAACAGCGUUGCGACUGCUAAUCAUGAUGUAAAGGAAGACAAUUAUGAACCGGAUGGAGACCAACGAAGGUUAUCUAAGCUUUCAGAAAGGAAAAUUUCGUGGAAGGACUCUGUUCACGAUGCUGGCGAUAAAGGGGACGAUAAAAUAACCAGAGGUAAGCUAAGUGAUGCUUCCUUGCCUUCUAUAGCAGGGUUACGGAAGCCAAGAACGAACGGUGUACAAAGCACCGCUACACGCGCCCAAAGCGCCCCCCAAGGGCGUCCAGGCCUUUCCCGGCAACAAAAUUCAACGUUGAAAAAAGUAUCGAAGAUAAACGGAAGGCGGAAUAGCGCUGGAGAUUUUGUCUACGACGCAAGGCCUGACAAAGCACUUAGUAAAGGCUAUAUGACAAUGCAGAUGACAAUCGGUGGCAAGCAAGUCAGGGUGUACGUACCUAAGUUUUCAACCAGUGAAUGCAUCGAUGACGUCACACCAACGGAGAGGUCUCGGGCGAAAGCAGCUCUACAGGCUGCAGGAGCGCCAGGAAAGAAAUUGUCGGCUAAAAAUAAAUAGCUGAUGUCUCAGACACUCCAGACAGUCAACCACUUAGAACCGUUACUUAAUGCAAAAAAUAGAAUCGAUCCGCUAUAUUAAAGUGGAUGCCACAA